UUAAAAAAAUCUGUCUUUCUGUGCCCAUUAUCAGAGGUUUCUCUUAUUCUUGUUCUUUCACCCAUUUCAAAAGAUUUCUUGAUUCAUUGAACUAUGGAGGAAGAAGAAGAAGAAGAAAUUAAAUGGUAGAAAAGAAGAAGAGGGUUACUAUUGUCAUUUCCUGAAAUAUUCAUAAAUUUGUUUUCUCUCCAAAGUAGAGUACAAAAGGAUUUGUCUUUUCUCUCUAUUCAUUGAAACAGAGGAAACAGAGCUCUCUCUAGAUAGUAGAUACCCACUUUUUGAUUAUGAAGUUGCAGUUCAUUAAUCACUUUAGAAACUCAAAUUGCAUUCUGGGUUUUGCUCUUUUCUCUCAAAGAUUCUAACUUUGAUCUCUCUACACAAAAAAAUAAAAAAAUGGGCUAAUGAUCAUUUUGAAAAAUCAAGAAAGAAAUAUAUUGUUGAUGAGGGUUUUGUUUUGCAAGAUCCAUUGUCCUUCUUUUAUUUGCUUUUGCAAGCCUUCUGCUAGUUUAUUAUAUACAGCAGCAGGACCUUUGAAAUUGGAAAGCAGGCCUCAUGUUCCAUCUUCAACAACUGCUACUACUACUACUACUGCAACAGUUAUAUCAGUUGCUAUUACUGAUUCCAUUAAUGAAGUCAUAGAAGAAAGUCUAGAUGUAGUUGUAGAUGAGAAACAAUCACAGGGCCUCAAAAGUAGUCUUAAAAAGUCUUCUUUGUUGGAUUCAGAACAAGUUGAUGAGAAGAAGAAGAAGACAGUGCAGUGGAUGGAUUUGUUAGGAAAAGAACUCGUUCAGAUUAGAGAAUUUGAAUCCAGUGAAACAGAUGAUACUGAUGGUGAAGAUCAGAGCAGUAGGGGCUGUUCCUGUAUAGUUCUUUGAGGUUCAGCUAGAAAUCCAUUGCACAAGUUCCUGUGUUGACUACUGCAAUCAGAAGUCUGUUUCCUGUAUGGGACAGGCUCCUCCAUCAGCUUCAUUAGAUUCAAGAAUCAAGUUUAAUUUGAUCAUCUCCUUUGGUUCUGAGGUUGGAAUCAAGACAUUUCUAGGAGAUCGAUGCAACUGUUAAUUAAUAUUCUCUCAAAUAUGUAGGCUAUUGUUUGUUAAUUUUAUCAAGUGAUUAUGAAAUUUCAGGAGUUGAUAGUCCUAUUCUGUGUUCAGUGAUUUUCUUUCAAAACUUACUGCAUAAAUUUAUAGUUUUCAAACUUGCUGUCAGAACGCUGUUAUGGUGUCUAUUUAUAUGAACAUAUUCAUCCUUCUUCCA